AUGGCGGAGCGGUCGCCGAAAUACCGGCAGGAGAUUCAGCAGAUGAUGUUCGUGUCUGGCGAGUCGGCGGAGGCGUCAGCAGAAACCACCACGCUUAUCGAAGAAAUACUUUCACGAAGUACCACGCUGGCUGCUCGUCGAGGUGUACGAUCCAUAUCGACAGACGAUUUAUUCUUCUUAAUACGGCAUGACAAGGCCAAGGUGUCUCGUCUAAAGACUUUCCUUUCGUGGAAGGACGUUCGAAAAAACGUCAAAGACUCUGACGAUAAAGGUGGCGGAGACUCCGCUGACUUUGGAGCCGGAGACGAUGCCCUCGUUGGUGCCGGUGUUGCCGGGCCGCAAGAAAUCGCUGCCAAACCUAAGAACAAACGUGCAAAAAUCGGCCUUCCCUGGGAUCUUAACAGUUUAUAUUCCAUUCAGGUACCGGAAAGAGAGGACGAGGAAGACGAGGAGGAAGAGGAACAGAAUUACGCCACACUUCAACGCCUAGCUACUGCUGACGAGCGAACCAAAAAUAUGACCCGUGAAGAAUAUGUAUUUUGGUCCGACUGUCGACAAGCCUCAUUUACGUUCCGAAAAGCGAAACGGUUCCGAGAAUGGGCAGGUUUUGGGAUCGUUACAGAUUUCAAACCGAACGAUGACAUUGUCGAUAUCCUUGGUUUUCUGACGUUUGAAAUCGUGCAAACGUUAACGGAGGAGGCAUUGAAGGUCAAGGAGCAGGAAGACCGUGGCAAGAAAAGCCUUGGAGCCUCUGAGGACGGAUCAGGAGAGAAGAAGAAACGGAAAAGAGAGACAGGGUUGUUCGACCCCCCUGAGGAAGGACGAACACCGAUCGAAGCAAGACACGUCCAUGAAGCAUAUCGGAAGCUCCAAGCUACACCUAGCAAAGCAGUUGCAAUGUUUCUCCACGGCGGACGUGCCCCAGUUAGAACUCCUUUACGUCUCAUCUAA